AUGAGCCGAGUUUUAGCAAUUUCCGGUCGUUCACGCUCUUUGCGAGUGGAUCUGAAUGACUUUGCUGAUAUUUUAAUUGCUGUAAUUUUAUUAUUUCAGGGUCCGAUAGUGCCGCAGUUCUGUGUGCAACCAGAGCCAGUUGAUCUUGACUACAAGUUUAAGCUCGGUUCGACCAAAAUCCUGAAGCAGAAAGAAAUCAAGUACGACGUGAUUGAGAGCAUGGAUAUCUCUCAUUAA